AUGGCUCACGCGAGCAGCUCCCGUCGCUCCCGCGGCGCCGCCGCCGAGCCAAAGCCCAAGAAGAAGCGGCAGCACCACCGCCACGCCCCCGACACAGACAGCGAACCAGACGAGCGCGCCGAGCGCAAAGUCCGCAAGAAAUCGGCUAAGAUGCUGGCGACUUUGGGCUAUUCGGACGAGUCGAACCCCUUUGGCGAUUCGAGUUUGAGCCACCCGUUUGUCUGGACGAAAAAGUACCACGAAAAGGGUACAGGCGAUACAAACACCAAGUCAGGGAAAGACCGGAAGAAGGCGCAGCGACACCGUGUGGACGAGAUCCGCAAAGCGCGGAAACGCCGCGACGAGCGCGAGGCCGAGAAGGACGAGAGGGAGCGGCUCAAGAGCGAGGAAAUGCGGCUCAAGGACGCGGAACAGUACGAAGAUUGGCAGCAGAAAGAAGAGCAGUUUCACUUGCAGCAGACCAAAGUGCGGAGCCAGUUGCGCAUCCGUGCGAACCGAGAGAAACCUGUGGACUUAUUGGCCAAGAACUUGCUUCUUGUGUCAGCGAGAAACAACGCUGAGGAGGAAAGUGCUUUUUUUAUCAAGGAGAUUGGCCGCAUCCGUGUCGAACAUCGACGACCGGAUGCGAUUGUUGAAGUGCUGUCGAUGCACGAGCUGGGGGAGCUCCAGGAUGACGUGCGCACGUACAAAGAGCUCGAGGAAAGCGGCAAUGGUGGACGUAAUGCCGAGUUUUGGGACCUCAUGCGGCUCGUGUGUGACGACCGGAUUCGACGAUUGCAGCGGAACGACGUGCGGGCGGAUAGAGGUGCGAUCCAUGAUUCGGUGCAAGAGACAAUUGAUGAUAUGUUGAUGGGAAAAGAUGCACAAGAAUUGAGGAUUUUGCAACGUGAAGUGAGCGAGACGAUCGCGAGUGCACUGAAUGGAGCGACGGGUGUCGAUGUUGACUUCUGGGAGGAAGUGGCACAGCAGAUUAAAGUGUACCAAGCUCGUGCGAGGCUUGCACAGUUGCACGAAGAGAUGCUGACGAAACUGGCCGAUCUCAUGGAAGAGCACGAAAGAAGGUUGGUAGAAGAAGCAGUGGCUCGCGCUGCUGAAGAUGAGACGCACGGCGCGGUGGACGAGAAUGGACGUGACGCGGGACGUGAGGCGCGUGAGAUGGAAAAGUCGUUUGCUCGGAAGGGUCUGGACGAAGCGGAAGAGCGUCUCGGUGCAUCCGAAGAGGUGGCACUGGGCGACUCGGAAGCAGUUCCACGGUGGAGUGAGAAGUACCAGCCACGCAAGCCGCGCUACUUUAAUCGCGUCAAGACGGGUUACGAGUGGAACAAAUACAACCAGACGCACUACGACUAUGACAAUCCGCCACCCAAGGUCGUGCAGGGCUACAAGUUCAAUCUGUUCUACCCCGAUCUCAUUGACAAACAGACGGCCCCGCGUUUCGUAUUGGAGAAGGCUAGCUCGGAUGAGUUCUGCAUCAUCCGCUUUUCGGCCGGACCGCCUUAUCAGGACAUCGCCUUCAAAAUUGUCAAUUGCGAGUGGGAAUACUCCCACAAACGUGGCUUCAAGAGCGUAUUCGAGCGCGGAAUUCUGCACCUCUAUUUCAACUUUAAACGCCACAGGUAUCGCCGGUAG